CAGAUUUAAAGUUUCGGAGAGAGAGAGAGGGAGAGAGCACAUAGCUUCAUUGAUAUGGCCACGGAUUUCAAGUCCAUCCCUCUAAUAGAUGUCAGUCCUCUUUUGGCCAAGUGGGAUGAUCCAAAUAUGGCUAAAGACGAAGGCGUGGCCGAGGUUGUUAGACAGUUAGAUCAGGCUUGUAGAGAAGCUGGCUUCUUUUAUGUGAAGGGCCAUGGAAUACCUGAUUCCCUAAUUAAAGAGGUUAGAGAUAUGACACACAGAUUUUUCAAUCUACCUUAUGAGGAAAAACUCAAGAUCAAAAUGUCUGCAGCAACUGGAUACAGAGGGUAUCAGCAUGUUGGUGAAAAUAUAACGAAAGGUGUACCUGAUAUGCAUGAAGCUAUCGAUUGUUAUAGAGAAUUGAAGCGAGGCAUGUAUGGAGGUCUUGGCGACCCUAUGGAAGGAUCUAAUGAAUGGCCAAUGAAUCCUCCUAAUUUCAAACAAAUGAUGGAGGAGUAUAUGAGCCUUUGCACAGAUCUGUCAAGAAAAAUAUUGCGGGGAAUUGCACUAGCAUUGGGUGGAUCAGCAGAUGAAUUGGAAGGCAAACGAGCUGGAGAUCCAUUUUGGGUGUGUCGUUUAAUUGGUUAUCCUGUUUUAUCCUCUGCAAAUGGUGGGGACAUGAAUGACAUUGGAUGUGGUGCUCACACCGACUAUGGUCUGUUAACAUUGGUUAAUCAGGAAGAUGAUAUAACUGCACUUCAGGUGAGAAAUCUUUCUGGUGAGUGGAUAUCAGCAGUUCCCAUUCCUGGCACAUUUGUUUGCAACAUAGGUGACAUGUUAAAGAUAUUAUCAAAUGGCCUCUAUGAAUCAACUUUGCAUCAAGUCGUCAACAACUCUCCAAAGUAUCGCGUCUGUGUGGCGUAUUUUUACGAGCCAAAUUUUGACGCUGCAAUAGAGCCCCUCGACGUAUGCAUACAGAGGACUGGUGGAACCAAAAAGUUUGAGGGUGCCGUUUAUGGAAAGCAUCUAGUUGGUAAAGUCCUGACCAAUUUUGUGAUGUGAAAAAUCAAAAUGUAGAUGUUUUGACCUUUUCAUUCUGUUGCAUAAGUAGGUAAAUCAUCUCAAGUUCUGUAGAUUAGACUCACCAAGGCACCUACUAGUGUUCUUAUUUGAUGGAUUAUGCCUCUGGCCAAUCAUUUGUUGUAUUUGGUGUCAGAUGCAUCACUGUGAACUUGUUGAGCAAUGUGAUGUAACACACCUUCUGAAUGGGAGUGUUGUAAGAGAUGAUUUUGGCAAACUUUUCCUUUCUGAAAGAUCGUCUCAAUGACCUGGAAUUAAAAUCUGAGGCACAUACAGUGAUGACGCUCAGCCAAUUCAGAUUAAG